AUGACAAACACCUCUUCCUUACCACCGAUCAGGCGUAUCGUCACUGGCCACAGCGACGAAGCCAAAGCCAUCAUCAAGAAUGAUAAUUUGGUCUCCACAGCAAUCCAGCCUCAUGGCAAUGCAAACGCUCUAAUCUGGUCAAGCGACUCCUCUCCCGCCGAGGUAACUUCGAAGAAAGAUAAGGGCACAGUUGCAACCGGACAUGUCAAUCACGGCUCAAUUCUACGAAUCGUAGACCUUCCACCGAAAUCCACUGGAAGUGUCCAUCGUUCCGUUUCUCUGGAUUAUGUGGUGGUACAGAAGGGGAACAUCGAGUUGAUCUUGGACGAUGAGGCCAGAGUUGCAGUCAACGAGGGAGAUAUCGUCGUGCAGCAAGCUACGAUGCAUGGGUGGAACAACAGGAGUGAUCAGUGGGCAAGGCUGAUUUGUGUCUUAUUGCCAGCUCAAGUGCCUGUCAUCAACGGAGUUACACUUGAUGCCCAUGUAACAUUCUCUGUCAAAUAG